AUGAACGGCGCCAUCGAAACCGUCUUCCGCGAACUUCGAGAUACCAUGGCCCUGCUCCUUCAUGACUCGGGCCGUGACCCAUCCUUUUGGGCCCUUGCUGCCAAGCACGCCGAGUACCUCAUCAACAUCCGCCCCAAGGAGCACCUCAAUGGCUAUUGUGCCUAUGAGCUCCUCACCGGCAUCAAGCCCCAUGACAUCCGCGACUUGCACCCCUUUGGCGCCGACGCUUUUGCCUUUGACCCGCUGCGCCGUGGUGGCAAGCUCGGUCCCAAGGCCCGCCACGGUAUUUAUGUGGGCUUUUCGCCGACUUCACUCUCUCACAAGGUCUACUGCCCUGACACCAACACUAUCAUCGAGACCAUCCACGUCAAAGUUGUUCCCCGUGCUCGAGGUGAAGGGGAGAAUGCAACUGUACCACCUCAACACGACCAAUUUGACGACCUUGACCACGACGAACCCACUACUUCUGCUGCUGAUUUUGCAGACUCUGCUGACUCUGCUGACUCCACUACCUCCACUACUACUACCACUACCAUUAUUGUUACCGACGACCUCGACGACGACACUGACCCUCUUCUCCUUGACCAUCCUCAUUUCAGCGCCAACAUCACCACCACCGACAACUACAACAAGCUGCCUGCUACCAUCAUCAAAUACCUCGACGACAUUGUACUGAUGGGUCCCGCGGAGGACGUGGCGGCCGACGUCGAGAUUGUUAAGGCUCGUGCAGAGUCUGCUGGCCUUCAUCUGCAGCCCAGUAAGAGCCGCUUCUACAUGCCUCGCCACCAUCCCGCUUCCAUCGCUGCUAUCGAGUCUGUCUUGCCAGAUGCCGUGCGCGAGACGGCCAACACGGGCAUGACGGUCUUGGGAACGCCGAUUGGCCGUCGCGAGUGGAUGACCUUUUCUACUAGUGUAUAA